AUGAAAUUUUGGUUUAUUUUUGUUGGAGUAAUUUUUGCAAUCUUCUUCAAAUUAGCCACAGACUUAGAUUUUUUCAAACCUGUAGGGAGUUACAAUGAAUAUGGAAAUUGUAAAUACUUAAAGGAGGAUAUAAGAGGACCAGAAGAUAUGACUUAAUAUAAUUCCACAACAAUAAUAAUAGGUUCAGGAAAUUUCUAAAAAGUUUAUGCUAGAGGAAAACCAGAGUUAGAAUAAUAAGGAAUUUAUGCAAUUAUAAAUUCUAAUAAAAAGCACUAUAGUGUCAUAAAACUUUAGUUGAAAAACUUUCCAAAAGAUGUGGCUUUAUAUAUUCAUGGAAUAUAUAUAAGGAAAUAGAAAGAUGGAAAUUACUUAUUUGUAAUAAAUCACGCUUAUCAUAAUGGAGGUGAAAGAAUUGAAGUGUUCAAAAUAGAUGAAUAAUUAGAAUUAACUUAUGUUCAUUCAAUUAUUAUGGAUGAAUAGUAUACAGGAAUUUUGAAUGAUUUGAUUGUGAUAGAGGAUAAUCGUUUUUUAAUUACAACUUAUAUGCCAUUACCUGAUCCUAAAUAAGGUAGACAUAAAGCCGAUGCUAUGCAUAUCUUAAAAACCUUAUUUUACUAAUUGACAAAAUAGAAGACUACAUAUAUAUUGGAUUGUAGAUUUACAAAAGGGNUGAUAAAUUAUUAAAUGGAAGACCAAAAUAUAGAUGUGUUGUUAAAGUAGGCAAUGCUCCUUAAACAUUAAAGUAAUGAGUUAAAGAAUUUAAAGUCAAUUAAAUAUUAAUCAAUUUUUAAUUAUAAUAAUAAUUAUUUUCGUCUAUAUAAAUGA